GGGGGGACACGUGAGGGGGGAGGGGGCAGCGGCGGCGGCGGCGGCGGCGGCAGGAGUUUCCCCGACAGCUGGAGGUUGCGGCGGCGGCUCCUCCUCCCGGGUCCCCGUUAGAGACCGAGCCCCCGCGCUCCUCCUUAUUGACAAACACACAAAGGGCCGCGCCGCGCCGCGCCGCGCCGGGCUGGGCACGCGUCUGGAGCCGGCAUGGGAGACAAGAAGAGCCCGACCAGGCCGAAGCGGCAGCCGAAACCCUCCUCGGACGAGGGCUACUGGGACUGCAGCGUCUGCACCUUCCGCAACAGCGCCGAGGCCUUCAAGUGCAUGAUGUGCGACGUGAGGAAGGGCACCUCCACACGGAAACCUCGACCUGUCUCUCAGCUGGUUGCACAACAGGUUCCCCAGCAAUUCGUGCCCCCUACACAAUCAAAGAAAGAGAAAAAAGACAAAGUAGAAAAGGAAAAAAGUGAAAAGGAAACAACUAGCAAAAAGAACAGUCAUAAGAAAACCAGGCCAAGAUUGAAAAAUGUGGAUCGAAGUAGUGCUCAGCAUUUGGAAGUUACCGUUGGAGAUCUGACAGUCAUAAUUACAGACUUUAAGGAGAAAACUAAGUCACCACCUGCUUCCAGUGCAGCUUCUGCGGAUCAACACAGUCAGAGUGGUUCUAGCUCUGAUAACACAGAGAGGGGAAUGUCCAGGUCAUCUUCACCCAGAGGAGAAGCCUCAUCACUGAAUGGAGAAUCUCAUUAAAGUUUACUUCUUCCGGUUUCUUUAGUCUCUUUUCUUCAAAACAUGCAAAUACAUAACUUCUGCCACCUGUUACCACAUUUUCAUGACAGAUUAUCCAUGCACAAUUGGUAUUUUUAUUGGAACAUAGUUUAUUCAGUUAAAAAAAAUGCAGUGGUAGAAAUGAUAAUUUAAACGCAGUCUACUAAACUUACAAAGCAUUUUCAGAGCAACUUUUUAAUCUUCAUGUGUAAAGGUGCCAUGAAAAUGUGGUUUGAAUGUUCAUUAUGCAGUGUUAUUGGUAAGACCAUUUUCACUUUUAGUUUAGUGAAUUCUAACACAACUCUUGGAUUCUCUACUAUUGGCAUGUACUGAAUUUAAAUUUUUAUAACAUAGUUCAAGCUGCCUAAAUAUGUAUUAUUUGAGAAUUGUGAAGCAUAGUUAUAUGUAUGCAAGUCAAAGAUCAACUUAAUCAACUAUUGCAACUAUUGCUGCAACAGAAUUUUCAUAAUAAUUAUCUUCUUAAAAACACCUGCUGGUACUUGGUGUGGUUAAAUAGGAAAAUGUUAUUAAAUAAAACAUUUGUAUGAAUUUUUUGCCAAUGUUUGACACAUUUUACUAGAUUACUGUUACUGAAUUAUGUUGCUGAUUUUACCUUUUCUUUUUCCACACUUAAAACACUUAUUGUAAUGUUUACAAGCAAAAUAGAAAACAUAUUCUAAGGAUUGAUUGGUUAGCUUUAUAAUUCAGGUGAAGUACUACAUUGUCACUAGACACCGGUAUUUUUUAUUGUGUAACAAGCAUUUUGAAGCUCAGAUGACUGAGCAUUUGGCAAAACUAACAUCUGGAAAUAUGAAAUUUUGGAAAAGCUUUAAAAAUAACCAGAAACACAGCAGUUCUCUUUUUUGCUUAGCACUGUUUCCUUGCCCCAAGUUUAUGUAGUGUCAUACAAUCACUUAUCGUUUCAUGACAGAAAUUUCAGAUGUUGCACAAGAAUAUGGAAAUAACAAUACUAUCACUUUUUUGUUCUUGAAUCAACUUUUUUUUUCAUUUUAAUUUGGCCCUUUAGAAAAUAUUAUAUCAUAAAUCAUAUGAAAAAAAAUCCUUACCCUGCUUUAUGGCAUAAAUUGUCAACAUUUAUGCACUUAGCAAUAUACUGAUGCAGAGCAGAACUAUUUACAAUCCCAUCUGGUAUUAUGUAAAAUUACCAAUAAAAUAUUUUUGUGAAUACAGAUUUUGCAUUUUUGUUUACAACCAAUAAGUGUUUUGAUGCGCAUGCACACGCGCGCGCGCACACACACACACACACACACACAAAUCCGUGUAUAGAUUUAAAAUUAGAGAUCCAGAUUCAGUACAGUACAAAAGUCCAUUUAACUCUUUUCUCUCUCUCUCUCUUUUUUUUUUUUUUUUGGUGGGGGGUGAGGUAGUCCACUCACAUCCCUCUGAUUCUUUUCUUUCAUCCAAAAUAUUUCUAUGCCCAUAUACUAUUUGGAUGGACCUUUUGGUAGUGAAUCCAGCCCUAAAUUAUUACCAAUCUAUGACACAUGCUCCUAAGAGCUGAAACGAUGGAUUUUUGUAGCCCCUGACAAUUGUGAUGUUUGGUGGUUUCUUGUAGUAAUGUAUUUUUUCUGUUUUUAAUGCAGUACUUCUACAGGCACAAUGGUACUGUCUAUUUUGUAAGAUGCUAGUUGUGAAAUACAGUUAGUUGCAUAAAUUGAAAGUCUAGUGUGAUAUCUGAGAACAUACAUACCUCAUUCUUUGGUGUUGCUGUUUAAACUUUUUAGACAUCAAAUGUUAAUUAUAGCUUAUUUCAGAUGGAUGACUACUGACCUGUUUACUAUGUAUUCUGCUUUAUCUUACUAAACAGGAUGUUUGUUCAUUGACGUUACCUGGCCAGAUCUUAGUAUCUUUAAAACAAUGUAUUUUAAGGUACUUAAAUGUUUUGGGGGAUAGGCUAGAGGUCAGAAUAACAUACAACUAGUUUUUAAAGGAAAAGUACAUGCUUCUCAACUCUUUUUUUUAUAUGUUUUAUUUUUAGGUGGGACUGUUUGUGGAAUAUACUGAUGUAAUGGAUUACGAGAGAACUGCAACUGUUUAAAGUAAGCAGUGUAAUGAUAGAAAAUCUCAUUGCAAGAUGUUUUAUGAAAUGUGCUUCUAAUUUAAAUGUGACGAAUGCUAACACAUUUCAUUAUUCCUUGCAAGCAAAAAAUGAUCUAUCACCAGUAGUUCACUGAAUGGGAAUCUUAUUUUCAUUUACGUUUAUGUGAAUAAUCCACCCAGCACUGCCAACAAGAGGUCUCUUUUUUACCUAUAGAAAUAAGUAGCCAUUUGGUUUAGAAGAAAAGAAUUGAAUGGCUUUGCUAUGAUUCAACUGUCACUAGAGAAUAAUCUCAAAAAUGUAGUGAAGCUAUGGUUAUAAUAAAAAGAGUGCAGAAAGGGCUCAUGGAAAUCCCUAUUCUUUUUGGAAUAAGACUUAGAAAAGCAAUUUUUAUCUGCAAAUGCAAGUCAGCUAGGAGUUAAAAAUUGAGCUGUGGUGGUUCUAAUUGAAAGAAUAAAUAUUAUGUAGCUAGUGUUUACCUUGCAACAAUGCCUGUUGCAGCAUUAAACAAUCUUAAAAUUAUUUUUGCCCAUUUAUGAUUAAAGGGAUGUGACAAUACUGAUGACAGAGUAGACAAAAUCAGUGGAGUUUGGCAGUUUUGCUCUGUUCAUAAUGUUACAAAUAUAAUUUAAAUCAACUUCGUUUUCAUAAUUUCUAAAUAUUUUUGACGUGUAGUAAUCCUAAGUCCUAUUUUCUAACUGUAAAUAUAUUUAAAAGCAUCUUUACUCCAUUUAUAAAAAGUGAAAAUCUAAUGUU